AGUACUGCCUCUUCCUGAGAUCUCCCAUUGAUCACAGAGCACAGGAAGUCAAAGACAGAGAAGCCCACAGCAGGCGCCUUCCUCUCUUCUGCGUCUGUUACUUUUUAAAGUCUGCAAGAAAAACUCCAACGCCAUCUUUCUGGCUGAGAGGCAGAGUGCAAUCCUCUUUCUCACGAAAUGUGAAACCACUGUUCACUUUGGAAACUAAAGUUUUUCAAUCAGAGAGCUGCUUAAAUGGGUCUGCACAGCCGAGCUGAUCGAAGGAGACAAUGAUGAAGAGAACAUCUGGGGAAGAAGUGGGAACUGGAGACAUGCCAGGCCCACCACUAGGUGCGAAUGAUGAAUGCCAACCGCCUCAUCUGGUCCCUUCCCAGCCAACACCGUUUCCAGGUAUCAGUAUCCUGGAUAAACUUAUUAGGACUUGCCCAGUGUGGCUUCAGCUCAACACCAGAAAGGAAAGGGUCGCGGAAGUCCUCCACAUAGAGCCACGGGGGACAUUCAUGGUAAGAAAAGAUUGUACCCUAACAAACAUGGUUCUUUCGGUGAAUUUUCCUGGAGCGGAUGGAACCCCAAAAAUCCUUGAAUACUCAAUAAAGGAGGAAAACUCAAUUAUGUACUUGGAUGGCUCCUUGUUGGUGUUUGAUGAUAUCUUCAAAAUGGUGGCAUUCUACUGUGUGAGCAGGGAUAUACUGCCAUCACCCCUGAUUUUGCCGCAAGUAAUAGCAGAAGCAACAAAUUCUGAAGAACUGGAAGUUGUUUCGCAUCUGGGAAUGGAUUUCUGGAAUUCUUAUAUAAAUAGAGGGUAUCGAGAAGGAAGUUUGAAAGUUUCAGAAGACUUGAACGUUAUUAAUAGGCAGACUCAAAACUUUGCAAUUGCUCCGCAUAUGUCCACUGACAGAAGUACAUGCUCAUGUGAGAUUGAAUUGUCAGCAGGAAAUGACAAGCUGUGGUUUGUUAAUCCUGUAUUUAUAAAAGAAUACUGCAGCACUGCUCCUUCAUCUGGGCCACCACCGGAGCAAAGCUCAGACCCUGUAAUUAACACAGAUCUGAAAGUGAGGAGACCUCCACCUCUGCCUCCCCGGCCAAAGCUAUCAGAGGUGAUUGCUGUAUUAUCUGACAACUGCAGAGGAAGAAGCCAGUUGAUUCAAGGUGAAGAACCCAAGAAAAAUACAGAAGUUUAUCUCAGAAAGAAGCAAGAAAGUUUUGUCGAGCCAAUAAAGGAACUUGGGAGGAAAGAAGUUGAAAUCAGGACCGACAGCAUUACAAUGCAAAAUCGCGGCCACUUGCCACCAAUCCCACCAAGGCGCCGGCCAGUAGAAAGGCAGCUUACAGACACUACAAGCAACAAGAGUGAGGAGAUGACACAAAGCAAUGGUGGCACGCAGAAUGGUGAGCUAUCAGACCAAACUUGCAUCAAGUCUGCAGAGAAUGAACAGAAUCCACUGUUAAGUGAGAAAUCCACAAAUGUUGAUGAAGGCCUUAAUAACAGCACUCCAGUCAGGCCUGGCACAGAGCAAAGGAAACAAUCAUGUCAGCCUACACCCAUUGCACCUCCAAGGAGGAAGAAAAUUGCCAGGAAAGAAAAUGAACAAGAAGACGCUGCUACAGGUCAGGAAAACAAAACACCAACCAGUCCCGAGUUAGACACAGCAAAGGAUCUGUCAGAAGAUGCCUCCGACUCCUCAGGCCAAAGCUUAACUAGUGCUGACAGUCAAUCUGUUCAACCAUGUAACUUCACUGAGUUGAAAAUGGCUGAUGAAUCCCUGUACUCUCCUGAAUGUAAUGUACUCAGCCCCAUUGCGGAAAUGGACUCUUAUUCUACCAGCAGCACUGAAGAAGAACUGGAUUCAGUGAAUACUCCUCUGAAGCUCAAGAAGCAACGCCAUUCCAUGAUGCUGAACAAGGCAAGAAACAGAUUGUCAAUAAUGGCAAUAACCAAUGUUUUGAAUGCCUUCCGUUCCACAGACAGAAAGAUUCUGAAGAAAAUAACAGAACUUGCUCAAGAGAAAGGCUCAUACUUUGGUCAGUUGAUUCAGGAUUAUAGAGCCUACACUCUAGAAAUGAUGGGAAGUCAGACAUCAAGCACAGAAAUGCUGCAGGAGAUCCGACAGAUGAUGACACAACUCAAAAGCUAUUUAUUGCAAAGUACAGAGCUGACCUUAAUGACAGACUCAUCUUAUCAAUCUGAAGAUAAACUGGAGGCCGUCGUGGAAGCAGCUUUAUGUAAAUGUGUUCUGAAACCCUUAAGGGACAAUAUCAACACCCAGUUAAAGGAAAUUCAUUCCAAAAAUGGCAAUCUGAAGCUUUUGAAAGAAAACCAACAGAUUGUGCAAAAUACAACCACCACUGAGUUGGGUGUGACAACUAGUGUACCAGAAGUAAGUGUCCUGGAAAAGAUCCACCAGAAGCUCAGCACUAUGCACCAGACCUACUCACCAGACAAGAAGGUCACCUACCUGCUCAAGUCCUGCAAGAUGAUUUAUGAUUCAAUGUCAGUUGGAAAUAAUGCAAAGUCACAUGGUGCAGAUGACUUCCUCCCUGUGUUAAUGUAUGUGUUGGCAAGGAGCGACCUGACAUCACUACUUCUGGAUGUGGAAUAUAUGAUGGAGUUACUAGAUCCUUCAUUACAUUUAGGAGAAGGGUAUUAUUAUUUAACUACGACCUACGGCGCCUUAGAGCAUAUCAAGCACUUUGACAAGCAAACUGUCACUCGCCAACUCAGUCAUGAGGUCCAGGAUUCAAUCCACCAAUGGGAAAGGAGGAGGACUCUGAACAUGAAACAAGUGUCGAGGUCAUCGAUGCAGGAUUUCCUGAGCGUGUGCUUUUUGGAGUUUGGGUCCAACAUCAAAACGUUUGCCAUAAACCCUGAGACAACUGCAGAGAAGCUGUCCAAACAGUGCGCUGAAAAGUUUGGUGUCUCAGAAUCCAAGGACUACUGCAUGCACCUUAUAGUGGAGGAGAAGAGCAUGCAACUGGCUCCUGAUGCCGUCCCUCACCAUCUCAAGUCCAUCCUUCGGAAGAGACAGCCACAAAAAGACUAUUGCUUCAUAUAUAAGCAGGCAAAUCAGGCAGAAGAGACUGAUAACCCACCCAUUAAGGACCUCCCACCUUUCUGAUUUCCCUUUCGUUUAUGAUAGACCAUGGUUUCUUCCUUCUGCACGUCACAAGAAAAAUAAAUCUAAACGCUGGAAAUCUGAAAGGAGAUCAGCAAAUGCUGGAAAUUUGCCAUAAUCCAGCGAGCAUCUUAAAGGAAAAUAUGGGACCACAUUUCAGUUCUGACCUUUCAUAGGAACUUCAGUAUAUUCCCCUUGUAGCUAGUGUAGGACUUAACAGUUCAGUUUUUCAAUAUCUUGGACUAUUUUUAAAUCAGUAUUAUUUAUACCUUUUAUAACAAAUGUAAAUACAAUCAUAUUUCUCUUUGGAUCUUUCCUUUGUUCCUAACACCAUUAUUGUAUAUGGAAACUUGCAAAAGGGAUCUUUGGUACGUCUGUCAGAUUUGAAUGCAUCAAAACAUAUUAAAGUGACUGAGUA